AUGUAUCUGUCGGGGCCGGGUACUCAAAUUGCACCAUGUAUCGGUCUGGGCCGGUUCAGAUUACUGCUACUGCUGCUGCCGUCCCUGCCCCUGCUGGUGUGCCUGCUACUGCUGCUGUGCCUGCUACUGCUGCUGCUGCCCCUGCCCCUGCUGCUGUGCCUGCUACUGCUGCUGUGCCUGCUACUGCUGCUGCUGCCCCUGCCCCUGCUGCUGUGCCUGCUACUGCUGCUGUGCCUGCUACUGCUGCUGCUGCCCCUGCCCCUGCUGCUGUGCCUGCUACUGCUACCGUCCCUGCCCCUACUGCUGUGCCUGUUACUGCUGCUGCUGUCCCUGCCCCUGCUGCUGUGCCUGCUACUGCUGCCGUCCCUGCCCCUGCUGCUGUGCCUGCUACUGCUGCUGCUAUCCCUGCCCCUGCUGCUGUGCCUGCUACUGCUGCCGUCCCUGCCCCUGCUGCUGUGCCUGCUACUGCUGCUGCUGUCCCUGCCCCUGCUGCUGUGCCUGCUACUGCUGCCUUCCCUGCCCCUGCUGCUGUGCCUGCUACUGCUGCUGCCGUCCCUGCCCAUGCUGCUGUGCCUGCUACUGCUGCUGCCGUCCCUGCCCAUGCUGCUGUGCCUGCUACUGCUGCUGCUGCCCCUGCCCCUGCUGCUGUGCCUGCUACUGCUGCUGCUGCCCCUGCCCCUGCUGCUGUGCCUGCUACUGCUGCUGUGCCUGCUACUGCUGCUGCUGCCCCUGCCCCUGCUGCUGUGCCUGCUACUGCUGCUGUGCCUGCUACUGCUGCUGCUGCCCCUGCCCCUGCUGCUGUGCCUGCUACUGCUGCCGUCCCUGCCCCUACUGCUGUGCCUGCUACUGCUGCUGCUGUCCCUGCCCCUGCUGCUGUGCCUGCUACUGCUGCUGUCCCUGCCCCUGCUGCUGUGCCUGCUACUGCUGCUGCUAUCCCUGCCCCUGCUGCUGUGCCUGCUACUGCUGCCGUCCCUGCCCCUGCUGCUGUGCCUGCUACUGCUGCUGCUGUCCCUGCCCCUGCUGCUGUGCCUGCUACUGCUGCCUUCCCUGCCCCUGCCCCUGCUGCUGUGCCUGCUACUGCUGCCGUCCCUGCCCCUGCUGCUGUGCCUGCUACUGCUGCUGCUGUCCCUGCCCCUGCUGCUGUGCCUGCUACUGCUGCCUUCCCUGCCCCUGCUGCUGUCCCUGCCCCUGCUGCUGUGCCUGCUACUGCUGCCUUCCCUGCCCCUGCUGCUGUGCCUGCUACUGCUGCUGCCGUCCCUGCCCCUGCUGCUGUGCCUGCUACUGCUGCCGUCCCUGCCCCUGCUGCUGUGCCUGCUACUGCUGCCUUCCCUGCCUCUGCUGCUGUGCCUGCUACUGCUGCUGCCGUCCCUGCCCCUGCUGCUGUGCCUGCUACUGCUGCUGUUCCUGUGA